AUGGCGUCGCCCUGCCUUCGUGACCAAGUGCUGGUCACCCUGACCGCUGUGAAUCCGCCUUUUGACUUUGCCUUUCCGACUCGUCACCUUCUACUCGAAUCGGACCAAUCAAUCCCUCUCGGACGUAUGAGCAAGAAAAACACCACAUAUGCUGCCACCGGAAAGAAUGGCUGGAUAGAUUCCGCCGUCAUGUCCAGAAGCCAUGCCUCGCUAUCUUUUGAUAAACAGCACAAUGCUGUUUUCCUCAGAGAUGCCGGUUCCCUUCACGGAACCUUUUAUAACGAUACCCGAUUGAAGCCUCAUCAAAUCCAAGCCAUCAAGGAUGGUGACCUGAUCCGGUUCGGCAUUCCUGUUGACAGAGGAUCAGAUAUAUGUGCUCCUUGUACCAUGGAAGUUGGUGUUCAAUUUGGGCCGCAGAACUUCUUUCAAGCCCCGACCGUUUUCAGAGUGCCCGAUGAGACCGAUGAGGAAGAGAGCGCCGAAGAAGAUCACGGCGAUAGUACCAUCCGACACGGCCUGCAGGUUCUACGAGACAACAAUAUUCGUCCGGCCAAAAACUGUAUCGCUCGACAAGAAAUUAUCGCUAUUGACCUAUCUGACCACGAGAUGGGAUCGCCUGCGCCCGAGGAUCAAACGAUCUCUACCAGGUCCAUCCAGGAUCUGAUGACUGACGGGGCUGUCUCUGAGCAAUCUCACUCACGCAUACAUUCUCCUCCGGGAACGAUUGAUAUCCCAGACGAUAUCCCAGACGAUAUUCCAGACGAUAUUUCAGACGACGACGGCGUCUUCUACGAAGACGAGUAUGAGGGGGAGUACAUGUCUGAGUCUGAUGACGAUUCCCAUGGCCAAUCUUCACUAGAAGACACUCAUCUCGAUCACGCUUUAGAUCACGAUCUGUUGGACAGCGACCAGCAUGUCCCUCAUAUCGAAGCCACAGAAAUCCAUGAGGCAGAGAUAUUUGAUCGAUUUGAAAACCAUUGCCUACCUCCCAUCAUGAAUUUCUCGCUGCCAAACGCAGCCUCUGUUCCAAAUCAACCUUUGCCUGGCGUGCAGCUGCCGUCCCUCUUUGACACUUUCCGAUCGCAGGAUAUAUCCACGGGUCAACACAACACAACAUACAAUCACACCAACGAAACAGAUACCCCAAAUCAAUCUUUUGUUAGUGUCCCCACGGCCCCGGAGCAAGUCGAGACCAGAUUCUGGCCCGAAGACGUUGCCCAAAGUCGAGCAACCGAGUCCAGCAUUCUGUUAGACUCGGGAGCCGAGUUCCUUAAAUCUCCGCUCAAGGAGCAUCUUGAGGUACACAUAAGAUCGGAAGAAGAUACUCUUGACUUUGACGAAUCUUCCGCCUACCAAUUCGAGGUAACCAAGGCCGCUCUUCAGCAACAGCGACAGCAGAAGCAGCCAGUUUACCAAGAGGAGAUUCACCAAGAGGAGCCGAGUCAGCAAGACGAGCAGGUUCAGAAUCAGCAACAGCAGCCGCAGGCUGAGCUUACAAGUGUCAACGCGGAUGCUGAUCAGCCUAUGGAGUCCCCAGAGAAGGCGGUUCGAAACAAACGCAAGGCAUUGGAAAUUUCCGAAAUGACUGCCGAGGAAAUCCCCUUCGCCAAGCUCACCCCACAGCUCACCCAUAUUCAAGACUCGUCUCCAGCUUCUGCAAAACCUAGGUCUGUUGACGACUCUGUAAUGGAUAUCUCUCCCGUUGACGUCCACUCCGGAGCCGAGGAGCCGCAAGUGAAGCGACUGCGCAAAGCUGCUGAGAUUUUUGGAUAUGCGGCACUUGGGGGAGUUGCUGUCAUGUCUGCCUUGAUCGCCACUGCCCCAACACUAUAA